CCCGCCCCGCCUAAGGGUCCUCCCGGCCGUCGCGCCCCGCCUUGCGCUGUCGGCACUCCGCCUCCCUCUCCUGCUCGUCUGACUGGUUGAGAAGUGAUACGGGGCUUCGGCUGGGGUAGGGUACGUGGGAAGCAAGUAAGACUGCGGCAGGGCGGUGGCGCGGCCUGUAAAGUAAACGCGAUUUAUUUAAUUGUGCAAGUACCAAUGAUGAAGAUAUGUUGGAGUAACUGCUGAAAACUGCCUUUUACUGACCAGACGACAGUCCAAAAAUUUCACUUUUUUUUGUUUCCCCUGCCGCUUUGAGCUUUACUGUACGGCUGAAAAACUUGGAAAAUAAAAUGAACAUGCUGUAGUCUUGAACAUAAUUUUUUUUUUUUUUGAGGAAAAAUUAAAGUGGCAGAGUGAAAGCCAGAAUGGCAUCCAGAGAGAGGCUCUUUGAACUUUGGAUGCUUUAUUGUACAAAGAAAGAUCCAGAUUACCUGAAGCUAUGGUUGGAAAAUUUUGUUUCUAGCUAUGAACAAUUCUUAGAUAUUGACUUUGAGAAGUUGCCUACCAGGGUAGAUGAUGUGCCUCCUGGAAUAUCUCUGCUUCCUGAUAAUAUUCUGCAGGUUCUGAGGAUCCAGCUGCUACAUUGUGUUCAGAAAAUGGCAGAUGGAUUAGAGGAACAACAGCAAGCCUUGUCAAUUUUGCUUGUCAAGUUCUUCAUUAUUCUUUGCAGAAAUCUGUCUAAUGUGGAAGAAAUUGGGACUUGCUCAUACAUUAAUCAUGUCAUUACCAUGACCACACUCUAUAUUCAGCAAUUAAAAAGCAAAAGGAAAGAAAAGGAAAUGGCAGAUCAAACAUCCAUUGAAGAAUUUGUGAUCCAUGCUUUGGCUUUUUGUGAAAGUUUAUAUGAUCCAUAUCGGAACUGGAGACAUAGAAUUUCAGGACGAAUCCUUAGUACUAUGGAAAAGAGCAGACAGAAAUACAAACCAGCUUCUCUCACAGUGGAGUUCAUCCCUUUCUUUUACCAAUGUUUUCAGGAAAGUGAACAUCUCAAGGAAACUCUUAAGUGUUGCUUAUUGCACCUAUUUGGAGCCAUUGUAGCCGGUGGACAGAAAAAUGCUUUGCAAGCAAUUUCUCCAGCCACCAUGGAAGUUCUUAUGCGAGUUUUGGCAGAUUGUGAUUCCUGGGAAGAUGGAGAUCCUGAAGAAGUGGGUAGAAAAGUAGAACUAACUCUGAAGUGCCUUACGGAAGUGGUACAUAUCCUUUUGACUAGCAGCUCUGACCAGCGCCAAGUGGAAACCAGCUCUAUUUUGGAGAAUUAUUUUAAAUUAAUGAAUUCAGAUCAUUCAACUUCACCUAAUCAAAAGAGGUCCAGACAGUGGGAAACCCGAUUCAUAGCUCUACAGAUCAAAAUGCUGAAUACCAUCACAGCCAUGUUAGAUUGCACAGAUAGGCCUGUUCUUCAGGCCAUUUUUCUUAACAGUAAUUGCUUUGAACAUCUCAUACGACUGCUACAGAACUGCAAGCUAUUUUUAAAUACUAACAAUAAGGUGGCAGACAAGAACGAAAAAGACCUUGCCAACAAAUUACUGACAGAAAUGAAUGAGUACCAGGUGUUUCAAGGACAGUUGGAUUGUUUGGCUAUAUCAACCAUUCAGGCUUUGACAGCUGUAAUGAACAAAUCUCCAGCUGCUAAGGAAGUAUUUAAAGAAAGGAUUGGUUAUUCACAUAUGUUUGAGGUAUUAAAAUCCCUGGGUCAGCCAUCAUUGGAACUUCUUAAAGAACUUAUGAAUAUGGCUGUAGAGGGUGACCACACAUCAGUUGGAAUUUUGGGCAUUAGUAAUGUCCAGCCUCUCUUGCUUCUUAUCCAGUGGCUUCCAGAGCUAGAAUCCCAUGACCUGCAAAUCUUCAUCUCUGAUUGGCUGAAAAGAAUUUGUUGUAUUAAUAGGCAGAGUCGAACUACCUGUGUCAAUGCAAACAUGGGAAUUCGAAUCAUUGAAACCCUUGAUUCACAUUCUUCUCUCCACCGAAAUUGUGCUGAGAACUUGAUUGCACUCCAUGGUUCCUUAGGGAGUCAGUCAGUUAGCUCAAAAGAAAUUCGUCGACUGCUAAGAUUGCUGAGAGUGGAUGAAUCUGAGUAUAUUCACCCAUAUACUCCUCCUGUGACUCGAGCAAUCCUGACAAUGGCCCGAAAACAAAGUCUAGAGAAUGCACUGCAAUAUUUCAAUUUGUCACAUGGUAUGGCAGGAAUUUCUGUACCCUCCAUACAGAAGUGGCCGGGGUCUGCCUUUUCCUUCAGUGCUUGGUUUUGCUUAGAUCAGGAUCAGAUGACUCUUGGCAUUGCUAAUAAAGGAGGAAAGAGAAAACAGUUGUACAGUUUUUUUACAGGAAGUGGAAUAGGUUUUGAAGCUUUUAUUACCCAUUCAGGUAUGUUGGUUGUGGCAGUGUGCAACAAAAGAGAAUAUGCAACAGUUAUGCUUCCUGACCAUAGUUUCUGUGACUCUCUCUGGCACAAUAUAACCAUUGUACACUUGCCUGGUAAAAGGCCUUUUGGUCAGAGCUUUGUCUGUAUCUAUGACAAUGGACAACAGAAGGUCUCUGCCCCUCUCAGAUUUCCUUCCAUGAAUGAACCUUUUACUUCCUGUUGCAUUGGUUCAGCUGGGCAAAGAACCACCACUCCUCCACCAUCUCAAAUCCCAGAUCCACCCUUUUCUUCUCCUAUUACUCCUCAUCGGACAUCAUUUGGUGGAAUUCUGUCAUCAGCCUCCUGGGGAGGAACAAUUGAAAAAUCUAAAUUGAUUACCAAAUUUAUAUCAGCUGGAACCCAAGACAGUGAAUGGGGAUGUCCCACAUCUCUAGAGGGUCAGCUAGGAUCUGUUAUCAUCUUCUAUGAAGCACUACAGCCUUCUCAGGUGAAGGCAUUAUAUUUAGCAGGUCCAAACUGUUUAAGCCCUUGGAAAUGUCAAGAGUCUGACAUGGCUGACCUGCCUGGUAACAUCCUUCUUCACUACACAGCAAAGGCCUGCAAAAACUCAAUCUGUCUUGAUUUAUCUACUAAUUGUUUGCAUGGAAGGUUUACAGGAAACAAAGUAGUGAACUGGGAUAUUAAGGACAUCAUAAACUGCAUAGGUGGAUUAAAUGUACUCUUUCCUUUAUUGGAACAAAUCAGUCACUUCAGUGAAGGACAGAUUCCUGAAGGAAUGAAUCAAAGCAUAGUUUCUGAAUUGAUGACAACUGAAGAAAGAGAUUGGGUGGUAUUAACCUCCACAAAAGCAUCAGAAUCAAGACUAGAGAGAAAUUUAGUUGCAACAUUUAUCUUGAUUGUGAAGCACUUUAUUCAGAGACAUCCUAUCAACCAGGACAGUCUUAUUCACUCUAAUGGAGUUGCAACUCUUGGUGCCUUACUUCAGAAGGUGCCAUGCACCCUGAUGGAUGUAAAUGUAUUGAUGGCAAUUCAGUUAUUAAUUGAACAGGUGUCAUGUGAGAAAAACAUGCAACUUCUACAACAGAUGUAUCAAUACUUACUCUUUGACUUCCGUAUUUGGAGCUGUGGAGAUUUUCCCUUUCGAAUUGGUCAUAUACAAUAUCUUUCCACCAUCAUCAAAGACAGCAGGAGAGUUUUCCGGAAAAAGUACGGUGUACAAUUUCUCCUAGAUACACUAAGGAUUUAUUAUGGGAGUGGUUGUAAAUAUAAUGAGCUGUCUCUAGAUGAUACUCAAACAAUAAGGACAUCUUUGUAUGGAUUAAUUAAAUAUUUUCUGAGCAAAGGUGGAACUCAUGAAGAAAUACAAAGUAUUAUGGGUUACAUAGCUGCUACCAGUGAAGAAGAGCAGCUCUUUGGAAUUUUGGAUGUACUCUUCAGUCUCCUACAUACCAGCCCAACUAGAGGUCAGCUUUUCUUACUUCUCUUUGAACCAGGAAAUGCAGACAUACUUUAUGCCUUGAUCUUAAAUCAGAAGUAUUCUGACAGACUAAGAGAAAUCAUUUUUAAGGUUUUGGAACAAAUGUUGAAAUGCACUAACGUUUAUGAACGAAGUAAACAGCGUAUUCGACUCAGAGAGGUUGGCUACUCAGGAUUGGGACUUCUCCUUAGUGAAGCACCUGUUAAUACUUCUCUCAUUAAAAACCUCACCAAUCAAAUCAUAAAUACAGAUCCUGUUAUUAAUUUCAAAGAUCUGUUAUCUGUGGUAUAUAUGUCUCACAGAGCAUAUAUAAAUGUCAGAGUGUUUAUCUGCAGAAAGAUUUUACAGAUUUUGCAGUCCCAACCAGAUGCAGCACACCAAAUAUCGCAACAAGUAGGUUGGCAAGACACCUUAGUUAGGCUUUUUUUAAAAGCAAAUUUUGCAAAUGGAAACGCUCUUAAUAAGCCUGAUAGAGUUGUCUUAGUGAAAGGUAAUGACAGUAUUUCAGCUGAAGAUAUUAAGAGGAACUUUGAUGAAAAGACAGUUGAGGGAAAAAUCAAAUCUUUUGCCUCAGCUAAUGUGUCUUCAGAUGCUUGGAGUUUGGACGAUGGACCCUCUUUAGAUUCAAAUAUACCAUUAUUUCAAGAAGAUAGCUCUGUGGAAGAAAUGUCUUUCAAAUCAGAGAAUCAAGAAGAAUUCUGGCAAAAUAACCCUUCACAUUUGAGUUUAGAUCUCAGUGGAAUUGACCCAUGUGAACUGAGCGGUAGUGGAAGUCAGAUGCCAGACAGCCUGCCUAGUACGCCAUCCCCAAUAGAAUCUGCUCAACCAUUUUCUGUGCAGUCUGACAAAGAAAGCAUCAUCACAAAUACAGGCUUUACUGAUGACUUCUCUUUAUCUGAAAGCCAAGAGCGAUUUGAGGAAGAGCUUCUUCAAUUAGUGACAAACAUUUUGAAUUAUGUAAUGUGUAAGGGACUAGAAAAGUCUGAUGAUGAUACUUGGAUUGAACGGGGACAAGUGUUUUCGGCACUAACUAAGCCAGGAAUAUCCAGUGAGCUACUUCGACCAUCAGAUGAAAUAAAACUAAUUUUGCUACAGAAGAUGUUAGAAUGGGCAAUAACAGAAAACAGAGAAGCAAAAUCUAAUCCAGCAACUGUUGAAAAUGCCCUUCGAAUCAUGCUGAUCAUACGGGAUUUUCUGCAGUCAGAGGGAUUGGUUAAUUCAAACAUGUGGACUGAGAAGCUUUUAGAGAAUAUGAUGCUGCUCUUUGACUGUCUGUCAGACUGGUAUUCUGAAAGCCCAGAGUGGGUAAAACUCUCUCAAAUGCAGAUCCAGUUGCUUCUAGGAUUCAUUGGACAGGGUAAUGUUCAGGUUUGUGCAGUGGCAUCAGCUAAGCUAAAUACCCUUCUUCAGACAAAAGUGAUUGAAAAUCAGAAUGAAGCAUGCUACAUUUUAGGAAAGCUAGAGCAUGUGCUAAGUCAAUCAAUCAAGGAACAGACUGAAGUCUACUCAUUUUUGAUUCCUCUUAUCCGUACACUGGUUUCCAAAAUUUAUGAGCUUCUCUUCAUGAACUUGCAUCUGCCUUCUUUACCUCUUACCAAUGGUAGUGCUUCGUUUUUUGAAGAUUUUCAAGAAUAUUGCAGUACGAAUGAAUGGCAAGUUUACAUUGAAAAAUAUAUUGUACCUUAUAUGAAGCAGUAUGAAGCCCAUACAUUUUAUGAUGGUCAUGAGAACAUGGCACUUUAUUGGAAGGAUUGUUAUGAAGUCUUAAUGGUCAAUAUGCAUAAACGAGAUCGUGAAGGAGGAGAAAGCAAGCUCAAAUUUCAGGAGUUUUUUGUGGAGCCGUUUAAUCGAAAAGCACGCCAAGAGAGCUUAAGGUACAAUAAUAUGCUUAGACAACUUAGCAGUCAGCAAUUAGCCACUCUGAGAUGCUGGAAAGCAAUACAGGUGUAUCUAACAUGUGAAAGGGGACCUUGGGCCAAAAGGAAACAGAAUCCAAUUCACUGGAAACUAGCUAAUGUAGAAAAUUAUUCGCGCAUGAGACUUAAAUUGGUGCCAAAUUAUAACUUCAAGACCCAUGAGGAAGCUAGUGCUUUGAGAGAUAAUCUAGGUAUCCAGCAUUCACAGCCUUCCAGUGAUUCACUGCUCUUGGAAGUAGUAAAACAAGUAAAAGUUAGUGAAAUGGAGGAGGAUAAAUUUGACCUUUCUGAAGAGGACAUGACAGCUAGAGUAAAUAUUGAUGAGAAAGAAGAACAGGAUCAAAAAGAAAAAUUGGUGUUGACAGAAGACUGUGAACUUAUUACAAUAAUUGAUGUGAUUCCUGGAAGAUUAGAAAUCACUACUCAACACAUUUACUUCCAUGAUGGCAGCAUUGAAAAAGAAGGUGUAGGGUUUGAUUUCAAGUGGCCUCCACUCUCAGGUUCGGGAGAUUCAUUGCGGCGUUACAACUUAAGGAGAUCAGCCCUUGAGAUUUUUCAUGUUGACCAAUCCACUACUUUCUUCAAUUUCAAAAAGGAGUUUAGAAAUAAAGUAUAUAGCAGAUUGUUGUCACUUCAUUCUCCAAAUAGUUAUGGAACCAGAUCACCUCAGGAAUUAUUCAAAGCAUCGGGAUUGACACAGAAAUGGGUAAACAGAGAGAUAUCAAAUUUUGACUACCUCAUUCAAAUAAAUACAAUGGCAGGACGGACCUAUAAUGACCUUGCACAGUAUCCUGUGUUUCCCUGGAUUUUACAAGAUUAUACUUCAGAAGAGUUGGACCUUAACAACCCAGCUGUAUUUCGAGACCUUUCCAAACCAAUUGGAGUAGUUAAUGAUAAAAAUGCCAAAGCCAUGCGAGAGAAAUAUGAAAAUUUUGAGGAUCCUAUGGGAACUAUCGAUAAGUUUCAUUAUGGUACUCACUAUUCAAAUUCUGCUGGCGUCAUGCACUAUCUUAUUCGUGUAGAACCGUUCACCACCCUCCACAUCCAACUUCAGAGUGGAAGGUUUGACUGUGCAGAUCGACAAUUCCAUUCCAUCCCCGCUACCUGGCAAGCUCUAAUGGAUAACCCAUAUGAUGUGAAGGAGCUCAUUCCUGAAUUCUUCUAUUUCCCAGAAUUUUUGGAAAAUCAAAAUCAAUUUAAUUUAGGUCGUCUACAGGCUUCCAGAGAACUAAUAAAUGAUGUCAUUCUCCCCAAAUGGGCAAAAUCAGCUGAAGAUUUCAUCUAUAAACAUAGGAAAGCUCUGGAGUCUGAGUAUGUUUCUGCUCAUCUUCAUGAAUGGAUAGAUCUGAUUUUUGGCUAUAAACAGAGAGGGCCAGCUGCAGUGGAGGCACUCAACGUUUUCUAUUACUGUAGUUAUGAAGGAGCUGUUGAUCUGGACUCCUUAACAGAUGAGAAGGAAAGAAAAGCGUUAGAAGGAAUGAUUAAUAAUUUUGGGCAAACACCUUGUCAACUGUUAAAGGAACCACACCCUCCCAGAUUAUCAGCAGAGGAAGCAGAGCAGAAGCAGACCAAAACAGACACUUCAACCUUAAACCUAUUUCAGCACCUCUCUGAACUCAAGUCAUUUUUUGUGGAGGGAAUUAGUGAUGGUAUUCCACUAUUAAAGGCCAUCGUUCCCAAAAAUCAGCCUCGUUCUUUCAUGUCUCAAGGUGGCCCUGAGUUACUUGUAACAGUAAGCAUGAAUUAUGUUAUUGGAACCCAUGGAUGGCUGCCUUAUGACAGAAACAUUUCUAAUUAUUUUACAUUCAUUAAAGAUCAAACUGUGACAAAUCCAAAAACUCAGCGAAGUAUGAAUGGUCCUUUUGCUCCAGGGCUGGAGAUCACUUCUAAGCUUUUUGUAGUGUCACAUGAUGCAAAGUUGCUCUUCAGUGCUGGACACUGGGAUAAUAGUAUUCAAGUGAUGUCACUCACAAAAGGCAAAAUUAUCUCACACAAUAUCAGACACAUGGAUAUUGUGACUUGUUUAGCUACAGAUUACUGUGGAAUCCAUUUGAUUUCUGGUUCCAGAGAUAAUACAUGUAUGAUAUGGCAAAUAACUCAACAGGGAGGUGUUCCCAUGGGGUUAGCAUCUAAACCCUUUCAGAUUUUAUACGGACACACCGAUGAGGUAUUGAGUGUUGGCAUCAGCACUGAGCUAGACAUGGCAGUUUCAGGAUCAAGGGAUGGCACUGUGAUUAUACAUACCAUUCAAAAAGGUCAGUAUAUGAGGACUUUACAGCCCCCUAGUGAGAGUUCUUUGCUACUGACCAUUCCGAAUUUGGCCAUAUCUUGGGAAGGACAUAUUGUCAUCUACUCCAGCAUUGAAGAAAAUACUACUGUCAAGGAUAAGAAUGCAUUGCAUCUGUUUUCUGUAAAUGGCAAGUACCUACGGUCUCAAAUCCUACGGGAACAAAUAUCAGACAUAUGUAUAAUUGGAGAACACAUUGUCAUGGGCAGCUUACAAGGGUUCCUGUCCAUAAGAGAGCUCCAGAGUUUGAAUCUCAGCGUCAACCCAUUAGCUAUGAGAUUGCCUAUCCACUGUGUGUGUGUAACUAAAGAAUACAGCCAUAUUCUCGUAGGAUUAGAAGAUGGCAAAUUGAUUGUGGUGGGUGUUGGCAAGCCAACUGAGACACGUUCAGGUCCACUUUCUCGAAAAUUGUGGGGAUCUAGCAAGCGACUCAGCCAGAUUUCAGCUGGAGAAACUGAAUAUAAUACUCAAGAUUCCAAGUGAUUACCAUUUCCAUCUUCUGUCAUGGAUAAUUGAAACUUGAUUUACUGCUUUGUCACUUUAACUACAUCUCUCAACUAUCUUCAGUGUUUUGGGGCUUUUAUCCCUGAAACUCAUUUAGGGAUUACCACAAUUUGGUAUGGUAUGUUUAUAAAGAUGUAAGUUGUAUUAUUAUCCCCCUUUAAAAGCUGUUUAGCUUUAUUAAAUUCAAUCUUAUCAAGUAAUUCUUAGUCUGCACUAAGGUGGAUUUGAGAAAAUACCUGAAAUUAAAUUUAAUGACCCAUUCCUAAGGAUCAUUAAAUUCAUUUUUUAAAACAAAAUUCCAAAAAUGAAGAAAUUAGUUAUUAAUAUUAUUUGCUUAUUAUUCUCAACAACAAAAUUUAAGAUGUUUCUAAUAAAAGAGUACUGAUGAUUGGGAUAGUUGAGAGACAUGGUUUUAAAUACACUCUUUAGUUAAUCAUUUUCCUGUUUAUUGACCACCAUAUUAAAAAAUCCAUUUAUUUAUAGAACUGCUGAUUGAAGGUAAUAUUUUAAAGAUAUCUGUUGCAUAUUUGAAUUUUCAAAACUUGGCAUAAAUUCAAGGUUUGCAUGAUAAAAUGAAAAUAAUAUUGAAAAUGGUACGUUGGCUUAUUCCACUAUUAGUUAGCUCAUUGCUAUUGAGAAUUUACCCAGAUGUAUUAUCUUUAAAUAAUAAAUGGUUGAUAAAGAAAAAUAUAAACUAGAGAUACAUUUUACAGAUGUAUUUCAUUAACAGUAUAAUUAAGGAAAAAUGCUUGUUGAUUUUGACAGUAGCAUUUGCAGCACAGUUAUAUCUGCAAAGUUCAAAAUUUCUUGGCAUUUUCUUCACUAAGCAAGUAGUAUGUUUUACUCAAGAAUUAGAAGAGUUAGCAAUAAUACACAAAUCUAUCACAUCUUUGUCUAGGACUUCAGUGUGAUUGAUGAAUGUUUUCAAAGAUAUACAUAAUUUAAAAUAGUAACUUAGAUACAGUAAUUUUUAAAAAUACACACUUAUAUUUUGUGUUCUGUUUCACUUUUGGGAUUAUGCUUUAUUUAUUAUGAUUAAAUAUUAUAUUAUGCAUUUAUUAUUCAAGAUUUUAAAGCAAAAGGCUGAUUGAUUUAAUCUGGAAUUCGAAGUGAUUCUUAAAGUCCUUUCAUAAGGUCAUCUUUUGAGUUAGGAAAGGGAGCUUUUACAACUACAGAUGUUCUUAAUUUGAGAUUCCAUGAAUUCGGGGAGAUUUAUGAAUCCCCUGAAAUUGUGUGGAAAACUUUUGUAUGUUAAUUGCAUUCUUCAGAAAAGAAUGGUUCUAUGGCUUUCUUAAAGGGGUUUGUGACCAAAAAUUAAAGAUUAAGAAUGACUUUUUACAAUAACAGCUUUAAAAAAUAAUAAUCUUUUUUAUCCCACAAAUCAUAGUUAUCCUUAAAUCCAGUUAUCUUCUCCAUUGAGCGUUUGAGAAAUUUCCCUCCCACAUUUCAUCUCUCCUAUUGGGUGCAGUAUUCAGUGCCCUUUCCCAUAUAAUCCCAUGAGUGAGUAAAGAGUUUUUAAGAAGUAAAGAAUUCUGUUUAGGGAAAAUUUUUUAAUUUGAUUUGUUAUGAGUCAGGACUAAUAAAAACUUAAUAAAAGAAUCUGCUUUCAAAUGAAUUAAAAUCCUGUGUUUUAUACAGUAAGUAAUAGUUAUGUUUUACAGAAAUAAUACUGAUAUCAGUGCAAGUAUAAAAUAGAGCAUAUGUAAAUGUGAAGAUUUCCUUUUUUUUAGGACUUCAGGAAUUUGUGUUGAAAAAAGUCUUAAAGCAAAUUAAUAGAGGUAAUCAUGCUUUAUAAAUGAGAUUGCUUCUGGUAGUGUAUUUCAUUCUAUCUUCAUUUUUUAUUUUAUAUUUUUAGGAGGUUUCAAGCUAGCAGAACAAGCAUUGUUGGUCUUUGGAUUAAAAAAUGUUGAUUUAAAAAAAAAAACUUUCUAAAUCAAAACCGUACAAAAAUUUCUUUUGCUUAAUUCAUCUAGAGAUUUUCAUAUAAGGAUACCUUCUGUAUUUUCUUUCUUUUUAAGGUUACUUAAUAUUGGUUUUGAAAAUUGUUUUGGAUAAAUUCCUAAAUUUAUAUUGUUUUAUUGUGCUGCUUUUUAGAUGGAGAAACUGAACAAACUAUUAAUUUUGUAGCUCAAAUAGGAAGAAACUUUGCUCACAGUAGAUUAGAUAUCCUACCUAGGAUCAUACUAGAUAUUCAGUGCGAUGUAGUUAUUCCCUAUAUUACUUUUUCCAAAAGGUAAAAACAAAUAUAUGAAAUUUUCAACGAAAAGUCUUGAGAAUACUAGCAGCAGUCUAAAAAGAAAUGAAGCUUAGUUAUCUCUUUAAAUAAGUAAACACAGUGGAACUAUUAGCUGAGUAAUAUGUUCCUCUUUUAAACAAUGUAGCCCACUGAAUAAAAAAUUCCUAGAUAAAAUUACUUGGAAGAUGCACUUUUGGGGAUUCUAAUGUAUUCUGAUGUUAUCCAUAGAAAUUAUUUCUAUAUCAUAUAAUGAAAGGAAUUAGCAGUAUCUUAGAAUGGAAUAACAAGUGGACAUUUCAGUGAUGAUUGUAAUAUUACACAUACCAUUGCUGUUAUAAAAUCUUUUGUCUUUGCAGAACUUUUUCAUUUGAUUUUGUUUCUUGACACUGUUAAUGAGGGGAAUAAAAACCUUAGCAUCCUGUGAUAGGGAUUUAUACUAAGAUAAUGAUUUUACUUUUAGAAAGGGAGAUCAAGUAUUAAAAUAUAUAAUAGCCGUGCUCAUUUAGAGAAUAAAGAAGCUUUAUGAAUUUUUUUCAAUUUCCCCCAAUCAGUAUUCUGUCAUUACUUAUAUAAACUGGAAGAGAGAAGGCAAAAUAAAUCAGGGCAUGAAAAUAAGGAAACUGUGUAAAAAUGAAGUUGGCUAGUUGGUUUCAAGUCUUUCAUUUUAGCCUGUGUAGCUCAUGUUAACUAUGGAGAAAUUUCUGUUAAUUUCCUGGUCUCAUUGCAUCCUUUUGUUUGAGAAAAAUGCCAAGUAUCUAUUUUGUUAUUAUCAAGGCAUAUCAAUUAAGCUUCCUCUUUUUCUAUUUAGGGCAUGUAACAAUUAUCCUUCAGAGAACUGGUAACAAAAAUCAGUUUUAUGCUUCUGAGAGGAAUGAGUGUGCACUCAUAAUUAGAUUUGAAGGUUGAAUUUUGAGACUUUUUGUGUUCUGUUUAAAUAGGAGGAAGCAGAGAAAACAGGCUAAUUUGGAUACCAGAUUUCUAUUUAGUGAUGACAGAGACAUGGCCUUUGCCUUUAAGUAUUGUUUAUAUUUUACCAACUAAAUCACUAUUGAAAUCCUUUAAUUGAAUUUAAAGAAGCUAGCUCCUUUUAUGUAUUUAUUUUUAUAAAAUAAGUAUCAUUGUCUUUACCACCUUUCCUAUGAAAAGCUGCAAGUGCGUGGACUAUUAAAUAUAAAAAUAAUAUAAAUAUUAAAUUAUAUCAUAUAAUAUAUAUGAUAUAUCUAUGUGUGUGUGUAUAAAGAUUGGUCUCCUCAAAGUAUUCUUAAGCCUGUUUUCCAUAAAUAGGGUCUUAACUGUUUUCAGGAUGAUGAUACAAUUUUUGACUGGGAUAUAAGAAAUGAAAUAUAGUUUUUACUUUGUAAAUCUCUUGUGUUUUCCUUUAUCAGUCAGGCUUAUAACUUGUCCUAAUUAUUGUUCUUCUAAACAAACUGAAACUAUUCUUUUCCCCAAAAAUGGCCAAUCUUAAAUAUUUUUAUCACUCCCAACAAAUAUCCAUUCUCAAUAUCCUCUGUUUGCCUAAUUCAUGUAUCAUAUAUUCUCAGCAUUCGAUUUGUCCCAAACUUUUACUCCAGCCAGAAGAUUUUCCUACAGAGUUUUCCUGUAUUUAUCAGAGACCUGGUGAUGCUUCAUCUGAUCACAUUAGGCAAAAACAGUAUAGUGAUGUCAAUUAUCAUUACAAUAUUAUUUAAAAUGCUUUCUUGGCUACAACCUUCUUUAAUUUGAAUCCAGCAUUUUCUAGGCCAGUGUUUCUUAAUUAAGCAUGCAAAUCGGACUUGUCCAUGGAGUUUUAUAAAUAUACAGAUACCUAGGCACUACUAUGGACUUGCUGAAUCUCUUUAUUUGAUAUUCUUGGUUAAAAAAAAAAAAAAAAGUCUCAGGAUUAUUGUAUAUCUUAAAACAUUUUCCACUAUAAAAAUUGUAUUCAUUGAUUUUUAUAAAUCAGAUAUCAUAUUCACAGACUUACUCGAAAUAGGCUUAGAGACAUUUUUUCUAAAAUUUGUUUAGAAUGGCUUUAUUAUCUUCAUUUUGCAUGCUGUGGAAACAACCAUGUUUCCUUUCAGUUGCAUUAUUUUUAUUAUGAGCCCCCUUUAGACUUUACCAUUUGAAAAUUGUAACUAUUGUUUGCUUCCAAAAAAGUUUGUUUGUUAAUAUUAGUUCCUAAUUACUGUCAUUGAAUAUUUGCACCUUUGACUUUGAUAGCAUUUUAAAGUAUAAGUAAAAAGUACGAGUACCAAAAUGCUAAAUUUAAGACAUAGAAUUAGAUGUCUUGUAGCCUUGAAGCUUGUGAUCUGUAGAAUUUUUUUAAUUAAAAGGCAUUGGAUAAAUUUUCUAAAUAAGUACUUCUGAUGACUUUUAUUGGCAGAGCCUCUGUAUGGAAAUAAUUGUUUAAUUUUUCAUAUGAAAAUUCUUAGUGUUACAGGGAAUAAAAACAUUGGCAUUUAAGAUAUUUAGGCAUAAUUGGAAGUGAUUCAAUUUUCCAAGUUAAAAAUAUAAAGCCAUAUUAGAGUAAAGGAGUUACAUGAUUUUCUUCAGUAUAAGAAACUUAUGUAAAGGUGGCUAGUUUAUCAGAUACUUUUCUGGUAAAUUGCAGUAAUUCAUCAGACACAUCUCCUUAUGUUAUCUCACUGACAUUUGUCAUAUGUGGUGAUUUGUAACAAAUCGGAGGAUUUGGACCUUUGAAGCUAAUGGCUUUAGUGACAAGUAAAAGAUGAAGAUACAACAGUAUUUAUCUUUGUCUUAAUGCCCAUAGUCUUAUUAUGAGCUGAAAAUUCUGGAGGAAGAAAACAAGUAGAAUGUCACUAAUUCAAUAUUUGUUUUCUAGGAUAUAGUUAUAAUAUGUUUCUUUGGAAGCUUAUUUUGCAAAUAUAAUAAUAGCAACAGCACAAUUCUUAAUUGUCAUUAAGAAUUACCUAUUUAUUUUUUCAAAAUUGGCUAUUAAUGAAGUUUUGGGGUAUGUGUAUGUGUUUAGUUUCCACUUAUAAUAUGAUAGCUGACUCAUUUUAAAUUAAUUUAUUUAUAACUUUCUGAGUGUACAGAAUGAUUAGCUACUUGUAAUGUUAUUGCAAAAGUUAAGACUGAUGGGAUUGGAAAAUAAAAUUAUAUUUUAUUGAUUAAAAUAUAAGCUAUUUUUAAAAAGAAGUCUUAAUCCAAUUGGAUGUUUUAUAUUUUAUUUUGAUAAUGAUAUAUUUCUACAUAAUAUGUAUUAAAACUAGAGGUUCUGUGGUAGUGUACUAGUUAACAUUAAAAUGCUGUUUUUGAUGUUCCUUCUUUUGGAAAUAUUUUCUCAAACUAUCUAAGUAAUAUAUUUUAAGAUUUAGUCAUGGACUCAACCCACAAACUCUUAAAUGCUACUCUUCCAUUUUGAAAGAAAAAACUUGCAUGAUAGAAUUAUUUUGCUCUUCAGAAUGCAAAAAAUUACUUACAUUCAUCAAUAAACAUUUUAAAAAGUGGUUCUGGUAGGGAGCUGUCAGUGCCUAGACUUAACCAAAAAAAAUUCAAACCUUUUAGUUUUAUAUAUAGGGAUCAAAAACAAAACUUUUAUUUCUUCCUUUGGAAUUUUUAUUGCUUUUCCUAGAUAGCUUUUUAGUGAUUUAAGUAUAACAGUUUCUGUACUUCUUCCACAAUUGUAGAAUAUUAAAAUAGAUGUUACUGUUAAAGAUCUUUUACAUUUUAGAUUCCACUAUUCUGCUUUUUACUACUCUCAAAUACUGUGACUCAUAAACACUACCAAAAUUUUUUUGUGGCUACUGUUUAUGUGGCUAGUCUGUUAUACUCAGAAACUCUUAAUAGUUAUGUCUUUCCUUCCCCCAAGUAUUUGCUCUUUUAGACUUGGGGUAAAAAAAAAAAAAUAGCAAAGAGUAAUUAGGAGAUCUAGUUAGACAGCCAUAUUCUAUAAGAAUCAAUGCAAUAAAAAUGAAUCCUUUAUGGCAAAAAAAUAUCAAACAUUUGAUUCAUUUCUUUGGUCAGCUUUUUUGGGGACCCACAUUAAAUGGGAGCAUUUCAGCAUUUUCAUAGAGGGUGACAGUGACUUCUAGGCAUGUUUAUGCAGAUAGUCAAGUCAGAGGAAGGAAGCUAAAAAUUCAGAACAACUGCUUUAAAAGAGAAUUAUUGGGAAAUUGUGCUGCUACUUAAAUAUUUAAGGAAUGCAAAAGUUGUGUAGUUAUUUUUAAAUGUAACUUUUCAUUUAUUCUGCAAUUGACCAUGAAAAAGAGAAUGUUAAGCUUUAUUUAUAUCUCAAUAUUGACUGUGCAAACUGUGACUCAUGGGAUAUUUGUAUGCCAAAAAAAAAAAAAGUUUUAAA